AUGACAAAAAAGUACGAAGGAGUUGCUAUCGGAAUUGACCUUGGCACUACUUACUCGUGUGUUGGAGUGUGGCAGGAGCUUAACGAUCGAGUGGAAAUCAUACACAAUGAUCAAGGAAACAAAACCACUCCUUCUUGUGUUGCUUUCACUCAUUCUCAAAGAUUGAUCGGUAAUGCCGCCAAAAAUCAAGCUUCCUCCAACCCAACCAACACUGUCUUUGAUGCUAAGAGGUUGAUUGGAAGAAAAUAUAGUGAUUCUGUUAUUCAAAAUGAUACUCUACUGUGGCCCUUUAAGGUAAUUGCCGGGGAUAAUGACAAACCAAUGAUCCUUGUGAACUAUCAGGGUAAGGAAAAACAACUUGUUGCUGAGGAAAUAUCAGCCAUGAUUCUCACACAGAUGCGAGAGAUUGCGGGGGCAUUUUUGGAAUCACCUGUUAAAAAUGCAGUGAUUACGGUACCUGCUUAUUUUAAUGAUUCGCAGCGAAGAGCCACCAAAGAUGCUGGUGUCAUUGCUGGUCUUAAUGUAAUAAGGAUAAUCAAUGAACCAACUGCGGCGGCUCUUGCAUAUGGACUUCAAAAGAGAGCUAAUUGUGUUGAAGAGAGAACUAUUUUCAUCUUUGAUCUUGGUGGUGGAACUUUUGAUGUGUCUCUCCUUACUAUUAAGAAUAAUGUCUUUGAAGUCAAGGCGACUGCCGGUGACACUCACCUCGGAGGAGAGGACUUUGAUAAUCGAAUGGUGAAUCACUUUGUGAAGGAGUUUAAGAGGAAGAACAAAGUUGACAUUAGUGGGAACUCAAAAGCCUUGAGGAGAUUGAGAACUGCGUGCGAGAGGGCAAAAAGGACACUUUCAUACGAUACUGAUGCAACAAUUGACAUAGAUGUUAUAUGUGAGGGUAUUGAUUUCUGUUCAUCAAUUACUCGCGCCAAGUUUGAGCAACUGAAUAUGGACCUCUUUGAAAAGUGUAUGGAGACCGUUGAAAGUUGUCUUGCUGAUGCGAAGAUGGACAAGAGUAGUGUGGAUGAUGUUGUUCUUGUUGGCGGCUCUACUAGGAUUCCCAGAGUGAAGCAACUAUUGCAGGAGUUUUUCAAGGGGAAGGAAUUAUGCAAGAGCAUCAACCCUGAUGAGGCUGUUGCUUAUGGUGCAGCUGUCCAAGCUGCUUUGCUGAGUGAAGGUUUUAAGAAUGUUCCAAACAUGUUUUUGCAAGAUGUUACACCUUUGUCUCUUGGUACAUCAGUAAAAGGAGAUAUCAUGAGUGUAAUUAUUCCUAAGAAUUCUCCGAUUCCUGUAAAGAAGAAAGAAGGAUACCUUACAUCUGAAGAUGACUUAGAAAGUGUCCCAAUUGAUGUUUACGAGGGUGAGAGAAUGGUUGCAAGUGAGAACAACUUGCUUGAUUUGUUUUAUCUCUCAGUCCACCGUGCACCUCGUGGCCUUCGUAUUCAAAUAUGCUUUGAUAUAGAUGGCGAUGGUAUAUUAAACGUGUCUGCAGAGGAAGAAACUAGUGGUAAUAAGAAAGAAAUUACAAUAACAAAUGAAAAUGAAAGACUGUCAAGGGAAGAAAUUGAGAGAAUGAUUCAAGAGGCUGAAUUUUUCAAGGCUCAAGACAUGAAGUUCAAAAAGAAAGCUAAAGCAAUAAAUGCUUUGGACGAUUAUCUCUACACCGUGAAGAAAGUAAUGAAGGAUGAUUGUGUAAGUUCCAAGCUCAACCCUGUUGACAAAGUGAAGAUUAAUUCUGCAAUGAUAAAGGGGAAAAGUAUGAUUGCUGAUAACAAGCAGGAAGAUACGUUUAAGUUUGUGGAUUGUUUGAGGGAGCUUGAGAGCGUCUUUGAAUCUGCUAUGAACAAGGUCAACAAAAGUUACUCUGAUGAGGAAAGUGAUUCAGAUUCCUGA